CAGAAGCCCAAAGCAGAGUUACCUACAACCAGCCUGCUAUCAAUGAAGAGUGAUCAGCCACCUGCUUUCAGCCAGGAACCAUUACCAGAUGACAAUAAGGAAGUGGAGAGUUUGGACAGUGAAGAUGCAUUAAAGAUCACACACAACCUUCUGGACAGAAGAAGUCAAACUCUGCUGACAGUCCAACAAGACAUUAAGGCUAAACUGAAACACAAGUAUCAACACAUAUCUGAAGGAAUUGGACACCAUGGAAACCAAAGUCUGUUCAAGGACAUCUACACAGAGCUCUACAUCACAGAGGGUGGAAGUGGAGGGCUCAAUAAUGAACAUGAGGUUAGACAGAUAGAGAUGGCAUCCAAGAAACAAACCACACAAGAGACACCAAUCAAAUGCAAUGACAUCUUCAAGCCUUUACCUGGACAAGACAAACCUAUCAGAACUGUGCUGACAAAAGGAAUCGCUGGUGUUGGAAAAACAGUCUCUGUGCAGAAGGUCCUCCUUGACUGGGCAGAGGGAAAAGCAAAUCAGGACGUUCAUUUCAUGUUUCCUCUUCCUUUCCGUGAUCUGAACCUGAAAAAGGACCAAUACAGUCUGAUGCAACUUCUUUCCCACUACUUCUCAGAGCUGAAAGAGAUUGACAGCAUUGAAGAUGGUGAAACCAAAACUGUUUUCAUUUUUGAUGGUCUGGAUGAGUGUCGACUUCCUCUAGACUUCAAAAACAAUGAGAAGUGCUGUGAUGUCACGAAGCCAACCUCAGUGGACGUGCUGCUGACAAACCUCCUCGAGGGGAAUCUGCUUCCCUCUGCUCUCGUCUGGAUAACCUCACGGCCUGCAGCAGCCAAUCAGAUCCCUGCUGAGUGUAUUGACCAGGUGACAGAGGUACGAGGGUUCAAUGAUCCACAGAAGGACAAGUACUUCAGGAAGAAAAUCCCAGAUCAGAAUCUGGCCAAUGAAAUCAUCAAACACAUGAAGACAUCAAGGAGCCUCCACAUCAUGUGCCACAUCUUCUGUUGGAUAUCAGCCACUGUCCUUGAGAUGAUACUGAAAGAGGCAGAGAAGGAUGAAGUCCCCAAAACUCUGACCCAGAUGUACUCACACUUCAUUCUCAUCCAAAUCAUUGUGAAGAAUAAGAAGUACAACAAAGCAACAGAGACAAACCCAAAGGAACUGUCUCAGUCAGACAAAGAGAUGAUCCUGAAACUGGGAAAGCUGGCUUUCCAACAGCUGCAGAAGGGCAACCUGAUCUUCUAUGAGGAGGACCUGAGAGAGUGUGGCCUUGAUGUCACAGAGGCAUCAGUGUACUCAGCAUUGUGUACAGAGAUCUUUAAAGAAGAAUCUGGGCUGUACCAAGACAAGGUCUACAGCUUUGUGCAUCUGAGCAUUCAGGAGUUUCUAGCAGCAGUGCAUGCUUUAGAAUCAUGUCUGGACAAGAAGGAAAAUGUUUUCUCCCCCACUAGUGAUGAAGAGAAGCAGUCAAUACAGUUGUCUGACUUACACAGGAGAGCAGUGGACCAGGCCUUGAAGAGUGAGAAUGGACACCUGGACCUGUUCCUCCGCUUCCUUCUGGGUCUCUCACUGGAGUCCAAUCAGAAUCUAACACAGACAGGAAGUACAACACAGACCAAUGAGGAAACAGUUAACAGAACAGUCAGGUACCUUUCAGACAAGAUCAAAAGGGAAUCUUCACCAGAAAGGAUCAUCAACUUGUUCCACUGUCUGAAUGAACUUGGUUCUAACUCUCUAGUUGAAGACAUGCAGACCUCCCUGCGAUCAGGAACUCUUUCAGAAACAAGACUAAAACCUGACCAAUGUUCAGCCCUGGCCUACCUGUUACUGAUGUCAGAGGAGGUGCUGGAGGAGUUUGACCUGAAGACAUACAACACAACAAAGGAAGGUUAUCAGAGGUUGCUGCCGGUAGUGAAAACCUGCAAAAGAGCACUCUUGGAUCGCUGUAAACUCACAUAUGAAUCCUGUGAGACUCUGACCUCAGCUCUGCAGACACCAAACUCCCCCCUGAGAGAACUGGACCUCAGCAACAAUGACCUGGGAGACAGAGGAGUGGAGCUGCUCUGUGUUGGACUAACCAGUCCACUCCGCAACAUACAGACACUAGUUCUAGGUCAGUGUGGUCUGACAGAGGGUUGCUGUUCAGAUCUGGCCUCAGUCCUGAGUUCACCCAACUCACAACUGAAACAACUGGAGCUGAGAGACAAUGACCUGCAGGACUCAGGAGUUACACUGCUGUCUGCUGGACUGGAGGAUCCAGACUGUAAACUACACACACUGGGGCUGUCUGGCUGUCUGGUCACAGAGGAGGGCUGUGCUGCUCUGUCUUCAGCUCUGAGGUCCAACCCCUCCCACCUGAAAGAGCUUGACCUGAGCUACAAUCACCCAGGAGACUCUGCAGGGGGACUGCUUUCAGCUGCUCUGGUGGAUCCCACAUAUAAACUGAUGAAGCUGAAUGUGGAUCAUGGUGGAGAGUGCAGACUGAAAUCAGGGCUGAGGAAGUAUGCCUGUCAUCUCACCCUGGACCCAAAUACAGUAAACCCAAACCUGAUACUGUCUGAGGGGAACAGGAAGGUGACAUGGGUGAAAGAGAAUCAGCAUUAUGAAGACCAUCCAGACAGAUUUGACUAUCAUCCCCAAGUUCUCUGCAGAGAAGGCUUAUCUGGAUCUCGUUGUUACUGGGAGGUGGAGAGGGAUGGUACCGAGGCUAUCAUUGGUGUGGUGUACAGAGGACUGAAGAGGAAGGGAAAGGAGGAUGACUGUAGGAUUGGAGCCAAUAAGAAGUCCUUGAGUUUAUUCUGCUAUGAUAGAGGUUAUGAAUUGAAAGUAUUUUUCCAUGCUAGAGUCUGGAGAUCCAUCUCUGGUCCUGUUUCUAAGAGAGUUGGAGUGUAUCUGGACUGGCCAGCUGGUACUUUGUCCUUCUAUAGUGUGUCCUCCUCUGGUACACUGACACACCUUUACACAGAACACACCACAUUCACUGAACCCCUCUAUCCUGGGUUUGGGUUUAGGUUUUACUCCUCCUCAGUGACCCAGUGUCAGAUAGAUGGCCAAGACAUUCAGAGAGACCAUGGUGGAGAGAGUUGGAUCAAGCCUGGACCUGAGAACACCAGAGACCAUGGUGGAGAGAGUUGUAUCAAGCCUGGACCUGAGGACACCAGAGACCAUGGUGGAGAGAGUUGUAUCAAGCCUGGACCUGAGAACACCAGAGACCAUGGUGGAGAGAGUUGGAUCAAGCCUGGACCUGAGAACACCAGAGACCAUGGUAGAGAGAGUUGUAUCAAGCCUGGACCUGAGGACACCAGAGACCAUGGUGGAGAGAGUUGGAUCAAGCCUGGACCUGAGAACACCAGACACCAUGGUGGAGGGAGUUGGAUCAAGCCUGGACCUGAGAACACCAGAUACCAUGGUGGAGAGAGUUGGAUCAGGCCUGGACCUGAGAAAUGGAUUCCUCAGAGCUGUAAGACUUGUGACCAUGUUGAGGACUCCACACACUGGCUUCAGAUUGAACCCUUGACUUCCACUGUCCAGGGAGUGACAAUGUUCAGACACAGGACACCCAAAGGGAGUUAUGAGUGCACAGUGUCUGGGCUCCGCUGGCUGUGUGAGAGAGAUGUCAUUCUGAAGUAUCACUUCAGGAACUGGGAACCCUACAGUCACCUUCUGAAAGACAUGCAGUACACACAAGGUGGUCCAUUGCUGGACAUCACUAUGGAGUUAGGUGAACUGGAGGAAGUUCAUCUGCCACACUUUGUCUGUUUAGGGACCAACCCUUCCCUGAGGAAUGAGAUGAAGAUUCUUCAUGUAGAGGAACAUGGAGUGUCUUUAGAGGAAGUGCAUGAGGUUACCAGAUUCCAUGCUAAAAUUCUCCAUCCCAAGUUCUCACUUAUCUCUGUUAUACUGAGAUUACUGUCUUUGAACAUAGAUGUCCACUGUGACGUGGUCCUCUAUAUGGCAGUAAAAAGGUCAACAGUCAUUUCGAGGCUGUACCUGCUCCUCAGAAACUCCAGUCAGAAAGAGGCUGUUCAGGAACGGGAGAAAGAUCAGGUGUCCAAAGGAUUUUCAGAAUUCGUCCUGUCAAGUCCAAACGGGCCCUUAAAGCUGAACAGUUUGUUUGCAUUCAAGAAUCCCCACUCCACUUCCAUCAAUCCAGAGAAGAUUCAGCUGUUACCUGCAGACACCACACCAAGCUGUUGUCAGAUGAUUAUGGGAAACACAGGGGUUGACAUUGAGAUGGAAUUAAUCGGGGAAGAUGAGAGGACAGUAUGGAAAUCAGUGGUAUCAAAAGAUGUAUACAGCAAAGACUCUCAUCCAACAUCAUUAAUACUCAUUGGGAUUCCUGCUGAGGAGUUUCUUCAGAAUCACAGGGCUAUACUCAUUCAGGGAGUCAAAAACACAAUGCCAAUAGCAGAUGUUCUGCGGUCAAAGGGCAUGAUUGGUGAUGAAGAGUACUCCAGAAUAAAAGCUGAAACAACUGAACAGGACCGAAUGAGAGAACUACUGAAUGCAGUCCUCCCCAAAGGACCAGAAGUGACGGGAGCUUGUCUCAAAGCUCUCAUUGAACAUGAACACCAUCUUGUUAAGUACUUGAGUGAAUCUAGCACCUAAUCUGAAGAUGCUAAGGCUUGUCUCCUAGUCUGUGGACAAAGACACUUCUUCACCUAAUCUGAAGAUGCUGAGGCCUGUCUCCUAGUCUGUGGACAAAGACACUUCUUCACCUAAUCUGAAGAUGCUGAGGCCUGUCUCCUAGUCUGUGGACAAAGACACUUCUUCACCUAAUCUGAAGAUGCUGAGGCCUGUCUCCUAGUCUGUGGACAAAGACACUUCUUCACCUAAUCUGAAGAUGCUGAGGCCUGUCUCCUAGUCUGUGGACAAAGCCACUUCUUCACCUAAUCUGAAGAUGCUGAGGCCUGUCUCCUAGUCUGUGGACAAAGACACUUCUUCACCUAAUCUGAAGAUGCUGAGGCCUGUCUCCUGGUCUGUGGACAAAGACACUUAAAUGAUUGUAAGGGAAAUGUUUAUGUUUGUGCUAUUCUUUUAACAAAUGUCUGUGUUUUAUUCAUGUGCUGUUCUAUAAACUAAUUUGUGUAUUCAUCAAGUGGCUGACUGUACAAAUCCUCACUAUCAGUAGCUGUAAUUUGGCAGUAAGCCCAGACGUUGUUUUGAGAACGAGAUAUCUCAGUUUCAAGGUCUCAGAUUAGAGAGAAGAAGCCUGGUGAGGUGUUGGUCUGUCAAAUGUUAUGAACCAGUAUUGGUCUGUCAAAUGUUAUGAACCAGUACUGGUCUGUUAAAU